CGCUGGAUGAGUUAGCUACUUACGAUAUGUAUAAAGGCAGUUAGUCAAGAAAAAAUUGGACAAACUUAAAUUUUGGCUAAUAGACAAACUGUUCUCGAAAAAUGGUUACAAGUACAGCCUUAACUUUCGUUAUUGGCCUUGCUCUCUCUUUGGCAGUUGUUAAUUCAGAGCAAUUGUUCAUCUGCGAUUUUGAAAGAGACACCUGUGGAUUCACGAACGAAGAAGGGAACACAGCAACAUGGGUAAGAGAGGAAACCGAACUCGGUGGCAGAGAAGGCUAUGUCAUGACUAUUGAACCGAAUGAUGCAAUCGUCCAAAGAGCAAGUGUGGGAAAAUCAUAUUCUGAAAUUCGCGGUGAAAUACCAGGCUGUUUCUCUUUCGAUUAUUAUACUUUCGGCAAUGGAACUCGAUACUUUUCUUCAACGCAAGAAAUGAAUAUAGGUGCUGCUGGCAUAUGGUCAUUUGAUGACACCGAGAUUACCUCUGGUUGGAACAAAGCAAGAAUCAGUGUCAACAUUGACGAGUCCACCAGAAAUAAAUAAAUGAUUUUCAUUUUUUAUACUUAAAGGAUUUAGCUAGGAUAUUUUUGUAAUGAGUAUAAUUAUAAAUUAACAAGCAUUAACCUUUUUAACAAACUCCGUAUUACUGCACUAAAAAUUGGAAGAGGACAGAAUUUUGAAGAGAUAUCGCUUAUGAACUUCCUAGCUACGAAAUAUUUGUUUUUAAAACCCCAUUUUAUUUAUUUCUAUUAGCAUAAUAAGUUGUUGAAAAACUAAUAACUUGUGAUUUUUUAUCAAGUAAUAUUUAUUAGAAAUGUUUUUGCACUGCACACACUGAGAACUGAAUCAUAGAUAUAGUGAUUUUCAAAAUCAAUAAAGCAAUAAAAAUAUAA